UCAAGAAAAAAAAAAAAAAAUCAAUGGAGACUUCAAGAACGGUUGAGCAUGACGUAUUUAUCGAUUUUAGUUCUAAGGAUACACGCCAUUCCUUCGUCAGCCACCUCCAUGCCGCUUUCAGGCGGCAGGGUAUCUCGGUGUUCCUUGCAGAGCACUGCGCCCUCUCCGAGGCGACACUGAAGCCCGGUUUCGAGUUAGCCAACGAAAUUCAGUUGGCGAUUGAGAGAUCUAAAGUAUAUGUGGUGGUUUUCUCCAAGAACUACGCGUCCUCGCCUCUCUGCUUGGAAACUCUCAUGACGUUUAUGGAUCUCCAACGGCGUAAAGACGGCCCGGUGGUGAUUCCAGUCUUUUAUGGUGAAGUCACUCGAUCGAUCGUUGAGCAGCAGACAGAAAGAUUCAAAGAGGAUUUUUCCAAGCACCAUGGUUUUUUCUCCGAUGAGAAAGACCGAGUAGAAAGAUGGAGGAAGGGUCUGACAGAAGCGGCGAAAUUACUUUGCCAUGAAUCAAUUGAACAACAAAAUGACUCGGAGUUAGUAGAAGAUAUCGUUGCGGAUGUGCGGGAGAAGUUGUAUCCAACAGGUAUGAUCGGGUUCUACUCGAGGUUGCUUGGGAUAGAAAACUUGCUUUUCAAGCAAUCUCAUGACAUAUACCGAUUAGGGAUCUGGGGUAUGCCUGGCAUUGGCAAGACAGCCAUUGCUCAAGAAUCCUUUAACCAAAUGACUAAGCACUUUGAAACUCAGUGCUUCAUCCAUGAAUUCCACGUUGAUAGUGUUUACGAGAUACCGGCUUUGAACAAGAAGGAGGCUCAACGGUUAUUCACCCGGUUUGCGUUUUCAGAAAAAGAACCAAGUGAUAGUAAUCUUAUUGAAGUGUCAAAGAAGGUCGUUGAGUAUGCUAAUGGAAAUCCUUUAGCUCUCUACUGCGGGGCAUUGACUAAAGCUAGCUGGAAUGAUAGUUCAAGUGUUGAGCUAAUGGCAUCAGAGAAUAUUCAAUCUAAACUACCAUUUCUUGGCGAGGCCCACUCUUCUUUUCCUGACAAUUUCAUCAACUGCUUCAAUUUCAACUUCGAACAAAAACCUAUCAUUCAUCCACAAGUUGAUUCCAAGUACAUAAGGUUGUCAGGUGAAGAAGUUCUUGGAACUGAACAUAGCGAAGAAUCUGGAGACAGCAAUGUUGAAAUAGAGAGAAGCAAAAAAAGAAUCAGGAUUACUGAGGAAGAACACCAAUAAAGUCAAUGGAGAGACAUUUUCAGGUAACCCAAAAAUCUCAUAAACCACCUUAUUUUAG